AUGUUGUUGCUAUAUGAAGUCAACUCCUAUCAGUCACAAGAUAUCGACGAUGACUAUGUGGAAUUAACACAAUUAAUAAAUAAUGAGAAUCAAAUUCGUCUACGAUGUGAUGCAAAAAGUCAAGAUUCAAUUGAAAGUUUAAUUCUGCUUAGCUGCCCGUUGAGUAAAACUGGAGUAUGCAGAGAAAACUGUAUAAAUCCAUGUCCAGUGAAUGAAUCAUCUGCAAUCUGCAAUGAAGCAGUGACACUUGCUAUUCCUAAAUGCAUUUAUCGAUCUAUGUCAAACAAUCAUAUUCAAAUAGAAUAUGUGAUACAGUUGAACGCUAUCAAUGAGAAAGGAAUGUGGUGGUGUACAUUUCGUGGGAAACGUUCUAAUUCUGUUGAAUUGGACUCACACACUCCUGAAGAAAGAAAAACAGUGGCUACAAGCAGUGGAAAUAUCUAUUCGAAUAAUCUGGAAAUAAAUAACAAAUAUGAAAAUACAGUGGAUGGCAUCACUUACUUUGAGAAUCUUUAUAUUGGUCAUCCAAGAAAUAAUUGUCUAGAUCAGUUUUUGUGUAUUGACCAACCGAGGAAACCAAAGCCAACAAAACAGAAAACAAGACUGAAUUAUCUUCAAACUAUGAGUCCACCGGAAACACCUAAACUCCCAGCGGUUAAACAGUCGUCCAUAACUGCAAAAACUAAUAACAGCAAUACACAACAGUAUGCAUCACACGAUGUCCUGCCUAUGAUGAACAUGCUACACAAUAAACCUUCACCUUUAGUUUAUCAUACAUCAAAAUCUAUCCCACCAUCACCUGUUAUAUAUCCUUCAUCACAAACACAGUAUACAAAAGAUCCGUACACACAACAUCAAUAUUAUCCUAAGAAUCCAUUUCAUACACCAACUGUUAACCAUAAAGCACCAUCAUUGGAAUUCAUCUAUGAUGAAGUUCAUAAUUCGGUGUAUACAACUUUGAAUAGUCCGACAAAUGACCAAGAGAAAAUUAAGCAAAAUACGAAACAGAAUGACAACUCAGUUGGGACAGUUUUUAAUGGGAGUCAUUGGCUUGUGGAUCCCUCCGGUCAAAUCUACGUUCCAUAUGCACAAAUUACACCGAAACCUCGAAGAGUCUUACUAAGCAAUGUUGAAUACUCUACUCUGAGGAAAAGUGAUGUGAUAACAAACCCUUUACUAUUGAAUCCUACAUUUGAAACAUUGAAAGAAAGAAAUCAUACCUUUGGCCAUCAAACCAUUUCAGAUACUCGUCACUUGCCUUUAAUUCCAAUACAAACGCAAAAUGUUAAUUAUCAUAUUAAUGGUAACAUGUCAACUUUUCCUAAUUUCCCUUCUGUUCAAAGUAAUGCAGUUUCAAUUAGUCAGCAUAAUCUUAUUCAGAAGACACCAGUGGAAAUUUCUGAAUUGCCUGAUGACAAUAACAAUACUGAAGAAAAUACUAAUGAACAGUCAACUACUAGUCAGUCAGUGAUGAAGAGUGUACAAUUGUCAAAUAGACAAAGUAUUUUUGACAAUUUUGAACCACAAGAUGAUCAUCAGCUAGUGAAUAAACUAACCAAUCAUAAUUAUCAAAGUGGCAUACAAAAUUCCGACCAAGAAAUAAAUAAUACCUCAGAUUCAACUAUGCCAAAAUAUUCAAUUAAACUACUUGCACGUAAAACAAGUCAACCGAAAAUAGACAAUACACUGAAUAAUCACAACGGGAGUACAGCUGAGAAUUGUACCUUGUCUGGAGCUCAUAAGAUAGCUGAUCUAGAAGACUGGGCUAUGAUUGAUCAAGAUUAG